AUGGCGAAAGGAACCUGGUACCAUGAGAACUAUAUGAUUUCCACCUCGCCGGAGCUUAUCCAACCUGAGGCUGUCAAUGCAGCGUUCGAAUCUGAUGCUAUAUAUUGGGCCAGGGGCAUGGAGCCUGAAUAUUUGAAGAAGAUGUUAAGCAAGUCUCUUUGUUUCGGGGUUUAUGCGCUACCGGAAUCAUCUCGAACUGGCUGGUCGCAGCAAUCCUCCUCAGAUUGGUUUUGCUCGUUUACAGACGAGGUCACAUUUGCAUACCUGAUAGACGUAUAUGUUCUUGAAGAACAUCAGGGGAAGGGCCUAGGAUCAUGGCUGGUGGAAUAUGUUAACGAGGAGUUUGCAUCUUGGCCACAUCUGAGACGAGUGAUGCUGAUGGCAAACCUGAAAGAGGGAGAGGCGUUUUACGCUCUCAAUUCAAGCAGGGCGAGAAUGGUUUUGCAAUCUUAA